AUGGGGUUACUGCCGGCGCUGGAGGUCGGUUCACGGAUCACAGCUACAGGGGUCACCAGGGUUGGGGCGCAGUGGGCGGCGGUGGGUGCAUUGAAGGCGCAGAUUGCCGCGAGGGGGCUCCGAGUGAAUGGUGGUCGUCACAGGGCGAUCGCCAGAACAGAUUGCCGCACUCAGAUGGCCAGUGCGACCGCCCCGCUGUCGGUGGAUGGAGGUCAAGGAAUUUGGACGGUUGCGAGGCUGGCGAGGAUGGCAAGUGCCGUCAAGGAGCUCGAGGUCGCCAAGGGGGAGCGCACCAGGAGUGGGGCAGGUGGGACGGCCAGUGGCGAAGUCGAGAGGGGUGGGGCGAUGGGCGGCACCGUUCCCAGGCCGUUGGGCACCAGCAAGGGUGGGAUCGUUGGGAGAGGCUGGGUGGGGUCUGGGGGAGGGAGCGGUGUAGCGAGGAGGGUUGGGAUAGGGGCGCGUGGAGGGGGGAGACGGGAUGUCCUGGAGGGGAUGGCCGUCGGUGGGGACCUGGGGCCCAAGCGGGAUGGCCGGACCAAACGGAUUGGGGGCAAGAGGCGCAAAGGGGUGGUGAAUGGCGCCAACAGCGCGGAUGGGAAGGUGCCGGAGAGGGGAUAG